AUGGAAACCCCUACCACUACCGCCGCAGCCACCAAACCAAUCCAGGAAAACCCUCUCGAAACCCUAGACCCCACUUCACCCAAACCCCACACAGAUACAAUCCCCGACGACAAAGACGCGAACGACAAGAAAUCCAUAGAAACACCGGCUGAAACCGAAACCGAAACCGAAACCGACGCUCCACUUUCCGAUGUUCAGAAGAAGAUGCGUCGCGCAGAGCGAUUCGGUAUUUCCGUUCAGUUGUCCGAGAAAGAGAAGCGCAAUUCACGAGCCGAAAGAUUUGGUACUGCCUCUGUAUUACAGGGACCCGAGGGAUCAAAAGCAGAAGAUCUGAAAAGGAAGGCUAGGGCAGAGAGGUUUGGGAUUCCUACUCCUUCUACAGCUGCUGAUGAGGAUGCAAAGAAGAAAGCUCGCCUUGCUAGGUUUGCACCUGGUUCUAAAAUUGAUCCUGCCGAGGAAGAUAAAAAGAAAGCAAGAGCACUUAGGUUUUCAAAGUCAUCUUCAACCACUUUGUCUCAAGUCAAUGCCGAGGCAAACAUUGAGCCUGCCGCUAUUACGGGUAAUGCUGGAGGAGGGACCUGA